AUGCGAGAAUAUUAUGCUUAUAAAUUGCAGAUGAGAGACAAAUAUUGUCCAAAUAUACUCAACACUGGAAGAUUACUUCAGCAGUAUGUUGUUGAUAUGUACAUAAAAAUCGAAAGCCAGAGACUAUAUUACUAUAAGAAUAAACAAGAAUUUAUAAGAAGAGAGGAACUACAAGGCGUUAUGGAUAGCGUCAUAGCAGGUCAAUGCCAAGGUUCAAAGGUAGGCCAGCGAGUGGUGCUUCCAGCUUCAUUUAUAGGAGGCCCACGUUACAUGAAAAGGAGAUAUGUUGAUGCUAUGGCUUUGGUACAGAAAUUUGGUAAACCAGAUUUAUUCAUUACGAUCACUUGCAAUCCUUCAUGGCCAGAAAUAAAGGAUCAUAUGCUCAGAACAGAUGAAGGACACAACAGACCAGAUUUACUCACUCGAGUGUUUCAUGCAAAGCUUGAUAUGUUGAAGCAAGAAUUAUUCAAAAAAGAGAUAUUUGGAUCUGUUGCUGCUUACACCUAUGUCAUUGAAUUCCAAAAGCGCGGUCUUCCUCAUGCUCAUUUCCUCAUAAUCUUGAAGCCAUGUUCAAAGCUUUACUCUACAGAUUCUUAUGAUCAAAUCGUUAGUGCAGAGAUUCCAGAUGAGAGCAAAAAUCAACAUCUUUUCAACAUGGUUCGUAGACAUAUGAUUCAUGGUCCUUGUGGCAAAAAAAAUCCAAACAAUGUCUGUAUGCAAGGACAACAUCAGAAAAAAUGCAGAAACAAUUAUGCAAAGCCAUUUUCUGAUAAAACAUUUCAUGGGGAUAAUGCAUACCCCACUUACCAAAGAAGGAACAAUGGAUACAAGAUGAUGGUUCGUGGACAUGAAGUGGAUAACAGAUGGGUUGUUCCAUACAACCCUUACAUUCUUGCAAAAUUCAACUGCCAUAUAAAUGUUGAAAUCUGCUCUACAGUGAAAGCUGUGAAGUACAUAUAUAAGUAUAUCUACAAAGGUCAUGACAAGAUCCAUUUUCGAGUGAAUUCAGACAGCUCUAAUGACUCAAAUUCUGAUGCUAAUUUAUCUACAGUUGAUGAAAUCAAAGACUACCAGUCAGCUAGGUGGGUAUGUGCAGUCGAAGGUAUAUGGAGGAUAUACAGAUUCUUGCUAUCUGAAAUGCAUCCUUCUAUUAUUCACCUACAACUUCACCUAGAAAAUUGUCAGCCAUUGAACUUCAGAGGAGAUCAAGACUUACGCGAUGUAGUAAGAAACAGAUUUGCUAAGACAACUAUGUUAACAGAAUUCUUUUACAUGAAUUCUACUGAUCCUCUAGCUCAGAACCUCAAAUGCACUUAUAAAGAGUUCCCUGAACAUUUUGUCUGGUAUCCAGGAAGGAGAAAAUGGGAGCCAAGAAAACAAAAAGAUUCUAUAGGCAGGAUAGUGACAGCAAGUCCAAUGGAAGGAGAACGAUACUUUCUCAGACUACUCCUCACACAUGUCAACAGUCCAACUUCAUUUGAUGAUUUGAGAACAAUAAAUGGAGCUUAUGUACACACUUUUCGUGAGGCAGCAAUCUUGAGAGGUUACUUUGAGUCCGAUAAGUCACAAGAACAAUGUCUUGAAGAAGCAAGUUUGUAUCACAUGCCAUAUAGUUUGAGAAGAUUAUUUGCGACUUUGCUCGUUCAUUUUCCUCCUUCAAAUCCAAGAUAUCUUUGGGAGCAAUUUGAGCAGCCAUUAUCUGAAGAUAUGAGCAACAUUCCAGAAAUAUCAGUUGAUCAGAUUCGUUUGCAGGUACUAUGUCAAAUAAAUGAGUUUCUCCAAUCAAUGGGAAAAGACAUUAAUCAAUACGCUUUAGUUUCAAAUACCCUGUAUUUUGUUGCCUUGAACAAAAACACCCGUGAUACAAUAGCUGAAACAAGAAUCUCUGUACCAGAGCAUGACCUAUUAGCAAUUAAACAACUAAAUGUUGAUCAGAAAAAAGCUUUUGACAUUAUUAUGAAUGCAGUUUUUGUUCACAAGAAAGGGAUCUUCUUCAUUGAUGGACCAGGUGGAACAGGAAAAACAUUCCUCUAUCGAGCACUACUAGCAGAAACCAGAUCAAAAGGAUACAUAGCUCUUGCUACAGCAUCCUGUGGAGUUGCGGCUUCCAUUUUACCAGGUGGAAGAACAGCUCACUCAAGAUUCGAGAUACCAAUUGCUGGAACACCAGAUAAGCAAUGCAGAGUUAGUAAACAAAGCUCAUUAGCAAAACUCCUUCAAUCUGCAAUUCUUAUAAUCUGGGAUGAAGCUCCAAUGGCGCAUAAGGCCUCAAUUGAAAGUGUUGACAAACUUCUAAGAGAUAUAAUGGACUCAAACGAUUUGUUUGGAUCAAAGGUCAUUGUUCUUAGAGGCGAUUUCCGUCAAGUCUUGCCAGUGGUAACAAAGGGAUCAAAAUUUGAAUUUAUUGAUGCAAGCAUAGUCAAUUCGUACAUAUGGCCACAGCUACGUAGAUUACAUCUCACUGAAAACAUGAGAGCAAGACAUGAUCCAGAGUUUACUCAAUAUCUACUUCGCAUUGGAAAUGGAAUGGAGCCAGUUAUCUUCAAGAAUUCUAUCCAGAUACCUCCAUCAAUGCUGAUAAGAUAUACAAAUGAGGAACAAUCACUGACUGCACUCAUCAGGACAGUAUUUCCAGAUUUGAAAGCAUUUUCUGACCAAAAUCUCUCUGCAGUUAAUCGUGCUAUACUGACAACAAAAAAUGACUUUGUUGAUCAAAUUAAUGAGAGACUCAUUGUACAUUUAGAAGGACAACUCCAAGAAUAUAUCAGUCGAGACAAGUGUAUAGACAGCUCUGACCAGACAAUCAUGGAGGACUUGCUGAACAGUUUAACUCCAAAUGGUUUUCCACCUCAUAAGCUACUUCUUAAACCAUAUUGCCCUAUCAUGUUACUCAGAAACAUUGAUGCUCCUCAGGGAUUAUGCAACGGCACUAGACUGAUAUGCAAAUCCUUGAGCUCCAAUAUCAUACAUGCGGUCAUAACAUGUUGUGAAUUUGCUGGAAAAGAGGUCUUCAUCCACAGAAUAUCUUUCAGAGUAGAGAACAGUUCAGACUCACCAGUACCAUUUGAACGUAUUCAAUUUCCUAUCCGGCCCUGUUUUGCUAUGACAAUAAACAAAGCUCAGGGACAAACGCUUGAUUUUGUUGGCAUAUAUUUGCGUGAACCAGUUUUUUCACAUGGACAGCUAUAUGUAGCAAUGUCAAGAGCAAAAAACAGUAGUUCUGUGAAAAUUCUUAUCAAACCAUCCAUAUUUGAUGAUGAACAAGACUCGAUUACUGAAAAUAUAGUAUAUACAGAAUCACAGCAGGAAAGAAACAUCAUUCCAUUCAGUGAGAUAAUCCCUGGAAUACAAAACUGGACAGCUCUGGUUCAGGUUCUGGACAAGCAAAAGGCAUUACUUUCAAAAGCCGGCAACCGAUAUCAGAAGCUGAUAUUAAUUGAUCAGCAGGGUACAACAGUUGAAGCAAUGAUUUAUAAAUCAGACAUCGACUUCUUCAGAAACCAUUUCCAACUCUACAAACGAUACAUUCUCUGCAAUGCUAGAAUUGAGUACACACCAUCAGAAUAUCGCAGUCAUCCAAAUCAGUUUAUAACUAAGCACAUUCCAAAAUCAGAUAUCUUAGGCAUUGUCGCUGAAGUUCAUCCUCGAAUACAGAGAGCUACUACUGCUACCAGGGAAGUAGUGAUUAUAGACAAAAGCAUGAUGCCAGUGAUUCUGACUCUGUGGGGUGAGCAUGAAACAGAUGAAGGCCAAACGAUUGCAAAUAUCAUUGACACAAUGCCGCUCAUUGUUGCACUUCGAAUUAAAGUAUCAUCAUAUCACACACUGAAUCUCUCAACAAAAUUUGGAUCAAGCAUUCUGGUUAAUCCUCCGAUACAACAAACUGCUGAUCUCAAACAUUGGGCUACUGAGACACAAGCAGAAAUCAAGAAACUGAUGGCAGAAAAAGCAUACCACAACCGAGCUAAGCUUCUGCCACAACCAAGAGAUGAUGAGGUCACAACUAUUCAAGAUUUCCUUGCGUUUCCUACGAAAAAAGCCUACUGGUUGCGUGGUACUCCAAGGUUACUAGACAAGAGCCAACGAUUAUGGUAUAAUGCUUGUCCACAAUGCCACAAAUCAUUCAGAGGAAAGCCAGCGUGGAAAAUUGUUUGCACUUCAUGCAACAAACAAGUAAAUAUUACUGCAAGAUGCCGAUUAACUGUAGAACUUGCUGAUUAUUCUGGAGUUUUGACGCUUGAUCUUUAUGACAACGAUGCUCUUCAGUUACUACCUUUCACCUUAUUGGAGAUGCAAGACUUAGAAAACAAGCAUGAACUGAACUAUGAAGCCAUUGAAGAGGCCAUUAACAGCACUGUGAUAACAUGCUUUGUGAAGAAAAUGAUAAACACCCAUGCAUCCACCAGUACUGAGAAAUACUCAGCCAUUAUCCUGCACAAAACAUCCAUGGCAGAGAUUCUAGCACAAGUUUCUUCCACCAUUGCUUGCUCAGAGUCAAGUACAGAAGCUGCAAUCACCACUCCACAGACCAAUGAAACUCCACUCGCUACUGCUCCAAAAGACACAAAUGUGCACAGCAGUUUGCUAUCAACUCUGAAAAUCACAGAGAGCCCAACUAAAAAGCAACGUACCAAAGAAUCUGAAAAGGAAGAAUGA